AGUCGACCGAGCUGUCACGAGGGAGCAGGGCUCCUUAGCGGCGCCCUCCUCUUGCACUCCACAAUUAAGCUGGUUUUCUCCUUUCGUUCUCUUGCUGACAUUUGGAGAGGCCUGGGACAGGCAGAGAAAUCGUCAAAGCCAAAGAUGGGUUAACUUGGCGGUCCCUCCUUCUGUUUGUUCAGAGCCAGUUAGACUCCGAGAACUCAGACUUACUUAGCCUCUGGAGUAAACUCCAGUGAGUUGUGGGGAAAGGUACAAACUCAUCCUAAAUGUCAGCUCGGCAUCCCUGGGGGUGAGUGACAGCAAGUAAUUAGAAGCAAUUAGUCGUGUCCCUGCCGGGAAACCGGGCAAUUACCUUUCUCUCUGACUUCCCCUUCCGUUCUUCCUGCUCGGAUGGAAGCGGUAGAAGCGUCCUGCUCCCUCAGCGGCAGAACGCGGAGCUGGCGCGGGGACCAAGGAUGAGCUGAGCCGGCUUGGGUCUCCUCCUCCCGCCGGCGCAGCGGUGCAUUGUGGAGGCAGCGCGCGCCCAGCGCUGAACUACAGCCCGGGACCGCGCGCGGGGAGCUGUCCGAGGUGCUGACCGUCCCGCCCGCAGCCCGCGCGCCCGCCUGCUCCGGUCCGCGCGCGAUCCCCGGCUCCCGCCCUCUGGCUCGCCCACCUCGCUGAACCCCAGGAGCGUAGCGGCUGAAGGAAGUCAUGGUAUUCGCUCCAGGUGAGAAGCCUGGGAACGAGCUGGAGGAGGUGAAGCUACAGAAUGCCAGCAAGCAGAUUGUACAGAAUGCCAUCCUGCAAGCUGUGCAGCAAGUCUCCCAGGAGAGCCUGCGGAGGGACAGACCCAGUGACAGCCGGGCCCGGGGCCAGCUGGGAGGGCGAGAGCUGACCAAGAAGCACGAAAAGAAGUAAUGGGUGCUGGGUCUGGCUCUUGUCACAUGCUUGGUUUCUGCCUUUCCCGUUAGCAUAGGACGUGUCACCAAAAUGCUGCCAAUAAGCAGACCAAAGUGUCACGGAUGCCUACCAGUAGGAUGAGUUCACACCGGUCUUUGCGACAAGCUAUGGUUUGCAAACCUGCGUUAGAGACUCUUCAUAUCUACGGGAGACCCUGGAAGCAGCUGAGCCAGAUAUGGCACCCACACUGUAAAAGUCAUUUUGUAACACAACCUAUUUUUCAAGUUCUUUAAAAAAAAAAAAAAAAGAAUUCUACAUCUUGUUUAUUUAUGCAUUCUCUAUUAAUUCUACCAGCAGUCUUUAUUGCCCUUCUGAGUCACUGAGUGCAGUUCUGUGUUCUUCAUAAAUAUUAAAGGGUGAACUAGAAAGAUGAAGGGGUCGAGUUUUAGCCCUGUUCAAAUGCAGACUUGGUGGCUUUUAUGAGGAGAGUUGAGGUUCAAGGUCAAACUGAGCAGAGCAGAUUCCAAGACCCAGCCCUGUACUAGAGCUUAUGUUUAUGUUAUUCCAAGAAAGGGAUGUGUUUAUGCCUUGUGAGAACUCAGUCUUUUUAUCUCCAUGCUCUGAGUCGUUCACAGUUGGUGUUUACCUUCUGUGCAGAGAUCCGGUGGGGACAGCACGGAUAUCUUUUCUUAACUCAAGAUUAAAAGAGAUGACUGAGUCUGCAUACAUGAGUUUCGGAUGACUCAGUUCUUUGGCAGUCUAAAGGGAACAGCGCAUACUCUGAGCCUCUAAGCUGUUCCCCAUCCUGGAAUUACCUACCCUCAAGCCUGGAGAGGGCAACCUCCUUGGCUGGGAGUCCGGGUCCUGUCACCGCCACGCUGUCACCCAGCUCUGCAUCUUCUUCACGAGUCCCUUACUGAUAGACUUUCCUUCUCCUGUGGAAAAAAUCAGCAUGACUUUAUUUUUUUUUUAACAUUAUGAAAAUCAUAAGGUCAGGAAUAAGUACUGUAUAUAGAUGUGUGAAACUGUUUUGUUUUUACUUCUCUGAGGCAUGUGAACAGAAUGAGAAGGGGCAGUAGGCUGAGGGCAUUUGGAGAGAGGUGUGUUUAUGUGUGCCAACACAGCCAUUUCCAUCUAACUAAUAACCUCCUGCUGCUCCUGCGUGGACAACAGAUGUCUCUCUUGAGUCUUUUAGAGCCCUGCUUGCUGUGCUUCAUGAAAACCACUGAGUUGGUGCUACUGGGGACAGAGGAAGAAUUCAACCUUGCUUAAAACCUUUCAGGCUACAGAGUACCAGUGUCUACAGCGACAUGCUUUCUAAAAGCAAAGUGUUGUUAGUGUUUAAACACCACCAAAAUUCCACUAUUCCAUGCUGUGUGUAGCCAGGAAUAUUACAGAUAACAAUAAAUGGGAAAACCAUUCAUUUUUUAUCAUAUUAGAUAAUAUUUGGUGAUGCAUAGAUGGAACAAAUUAAUUCAGGGAGAAAAUUCAUGAGGGACCAAAGAGAGUGUUUAAAUUUAGAUAUUGUUUAUUCAUUAAUUUUUUUUUAAAAGCAGAACUCAUGGUAACUAAACAAUGAACUCAAGUCAACCUAAAAAUCAUAUGGCUGAAUUUAUGGCAGUUUUGUAGCACAGGCAAUGAGAAUAAGUGUAUUUGGGGAAAUCACUCAGAUAUGCCCACAAAUAAGAAACAAACCCAGUUCUUGUAGUUUGCAGGUGACCUGCCACUGUGUCUCUGCUAAGACAUCUAACUAUAACCAACCCUGUUUUUCUGUCAAAUGGCAGAAAAGUAAAUGUUUUACCUUUCUUCUCCAGUGUGUCUGUACUACUAAACUAGGGAUCUGGGAAGUAUUAUUGAUUUCUGUAUCUAAAUGCUAUUUAUGAAUAAAUUGUAUCUCAUUUUGAAAUAUGUAUCCAUGUUAA